UUGAUGACAGGGUCAACAACAUGGCGCUGUCCAGUGAUUACACAAAUGUUUCGUCUGGUGGUUGAUGUAUAUGUCAUUUAAAUGUUUUAGAUAUUUUCCAGUUUAUUUAACAAGCUGUGAAGCAGCGUCGGUUUCCGAAUUAUCGGUCCAUCUCCAUCUAGCGCGUCACUUGACUUAAAAACGUGAAGGACCUCUUUUAACGCCAACCAUGUCUGGGUCAAACGUCUGGAGUCGCAGUCGAGAGAAAAUACGUCUUUUCCCAGAGCUUUUUGCGCAGUGUUCAUCAGAGGCAGCAGUGUAUGGGAAGUGUGUGGCAGCUACCACAACGGGAAGACAGGAGCUGAAGAAGGACCUGUGCACCAAGGAAUUUGAAGCACUGAAGACCUGCUUUAUCAGCGCAGCCAAGAAAAAAGCCAGAUGAAUGGAAACUACUCUGCUGUUGUUAGAGCGGCAAAUUAGGUGGACUGUCUUCACAUCAACUGUUCAGUGUUGUGGGAGAAGACAAGACGUAUUGACUGAGUUGUGGUGCUGGAUGGCUGCUAUGUUGAUGACAUGGCACUUCGUCUACUUGGAACUGCAAAUGAACUGUCUUUUUUAUAACACUGGUGAGAUGGAGACGACAUGUUGUGGUGAUAGUCUUUAAUAUGCAAGACUGAUACAGAUUCUGUUGAAUACAGAGGUGAAUAAAUCAGUGCCACUAUCUGUCUUCAUUAUCGAAACAGAGCAACAGCCAUGGUUGUCAUAGAGAUGUUUUUAUUUAUUCUUAUCAGCAGAAUGUACAGAAAUACAAUGCACAUAGAAAAAUAGUCAUAAAAAUAGCCUCUGGUACAAAGCAAAGGUCCAGCAUAUGUUAAGUGGUAACUGAAGGAGGAAUUUUCAGAAAAGCUGCAUUACUAAGAAAACACUCCAUCUUCCAUAUUUCCUUCCUAUGUCCUUAACACAACGUACAGAUCUUAUUUUCUCUUUAUUACUGUACUGGUUACAGUAAGAGGUUCAGUGGAAGCGAGACCACAAACUGAGGAAAAACUGCCACAUUUUUGCUUUGAUAAAAUAUCACUACUGCAGCAUGAGUUGGAAGGCACUGAUAAAUCAACAAGGAAGAGAUACUGAAGAUGGAAUGAUUAGCAGCUAGAGUCAUGGAUCCAGAUGGAUCAAGCUGCUUCAUUGUCCACAGUUCAUCAAACAGUAAGGCUACAUUAUAUACCUCGUAGCUCCAGCAUGAAGUCGUAUUCAGUUACUUUCAUCCGAAAGUAGAAUGAAACAACACUUAUAAGGGUGCCUGAACACACAAUAUGUGUACAUCCAAUAUGUGUUAAAUGUAGGUUCAAAGAAACCUUAAACAUUGAUCACGCAUCACAUUUACAAUAUUUACAUGUCAAAGUAACAGAAACAAACUGACCGAAAUGCAUAAGACAAAAACAGCACAGGAGACAAUAAAUCACAGAUCCUGCAGAGGCAGACUCUACAAAAAGGAACAUGAGUGAUUCAAGAACAAACAUUAAUACUGUAUAUUCGUCCUGUCUAAAUGCUCCAGAGAAUAUUUGCAUAGUUUUAUUUACAUUUCAACAGUUACCUCUUUAAAAUUCUCCCCCUUAAAGACAAAAAUAAGUUAAUAUUUACAUACACUUUGUUCUUUAAUAAAGACUUUGGGUUAUUUCCAGUACACACACAGAGAGAAAAUGUUCCUCUUUGUCCGUAACAUUUUGUGAAGGCA